UUCCUGUGUCUCCGGCGAGUCUGCGAGUGAUGACGUCACUGCUGAGCUUCCAGCCGUAAAGCGAGGGUGCACGGUUAGGACUGCAUGCAACGCAAUGCCGCCUAAGAAAGUCGCAGCUCCCCAGGCCGCGAAGAAGACGGAGCAGAAGAAGAAGGAGAAGGUCAUAGAGGACAAGACAUUCGGCCUUAAGAACAAAAAGGGUGCCAAGCAGCAGAAAUUUAUAAAGAAUGUCACGCAACAGGUUAAAUCUGGGCAGAACAAUCCUCGAUUGGUGGCACAAGCUGAAGGCGACAAGAAAAAUAAAAAGGACGACAAAAAGAAAGAACUACAAGAGCUAAAUGAACUCUUUAAACCGGUAGUAGCUGCGCAAAAGGUCAGCAAAGGUGUUGAUCCAAAGUCUGUAGUAUGUGCUUUCUUCAAGCAAGGACAGUGCACGAAGGGCGACAAGUGCAAAUUCUCCCAUGACUUGUCCUUAGAAAGAAAAUGUGAGAAGAGAAGUGUUUAUUUUGAUGGAAGAGUUGAUGAGCUUGAAAAAGAUACAAUGGACAAUUGGGAUGAGAAAAAACUGGAGGAAGUGGUGAACAAGAAGCACGGAGAAGCAGAAAAGAAGAAACUUAAAACACAGAUAGUUUGUAAAUUUUUCCUAGAAGCAAUAGAAGGCAACAAAUAUGGCUGGUUUUGGGUGUGUCCUGGUGGAGGUGACACCUGCAUGUAUCGCCAUGCUCUGCCUCCUGGCUUUGUACUAAAGAAGGACAAAAAGAAAGAAGAAAAGGAGGAGGAAAUUUCAUUAGAAGAUUUGAUAGAAAAGGAGCGUGCUGCCCUUGGACUAUAUGUUACCAGGAUCACCUUAGAAUCAUUUCUCGCUUGGAAAAAAACAAAGCGGCAAGAUCGAAUAUUAAAAAUUGAAGAGGAUAUGGAAAGGCGAAAGGCAGAUUUUAAAGCAGGAAAAUCUUUGGGGAUCAGCGGCCGUGAAGUAUUUGAAUUUAGACCUGAACUUGUGGAUGAUGAUGAUGAAGAGGCUGAUGACACACAAUACAUUGCUGAGUUAGAUGAAGACGAAGUGGACACUUCUGAUGUUAAAGAUAUUGACCUGAGUCGGUUUGUUCUAAAAGAUGUUGAUGAAACGGGCAUUACAGUAGCAAGCCAGGAGCGUUUCAGCACAUAUGUCACAACAACAGGUAAAGAUGAUGCAAAGCUCAAUGAAGCAUCAGGAGGUGACAUGAGAAAUGGGGAACAGAGUGAUUCCGAAGAACACAGUGAAGAUGACCAAGAAGAUCUUGAGGAUGCUGUCCCUGUUGAUGAAAAUCUUUUUACGGGAGAAGAUCUAGAUGAACUUGAGGAACAGCUGAAUAUCCUUGAUGAAUGAACAUUGCUGCCCAUCCCUCACAUCAUUAGUGGGGUAUUCAGACUGCCAUGCCUUUUCAACGUGAUUUUUUAAUGGGGUAACAUGACUUUCCCUUCCUGCUUCUACAGAGCACAUCAGAAACAAUUUACAAAGCCGUUUCUCCUGUUGUAAUUUUGACAACUGUAAAUUGGUCAGACUCUCUAGGAAUGAGAAAUAAAUUUCUUAUUUGGA